CGCACGCGCCGGGCCACCCCCCCCAGCCCAACCAUCGAAACAGCCACCCUGGCGAGGCCGACAAAGGCCAAGCUGUGCCAGAGGGGCGGCUCCUUUCCCUUUUCCCACCCCUCCAUUGGCUAGGCUGGAAGCCGUGUGUCCCGCGAUUGGCUGGAGCGUGCCGUCCAUCUGAGCUGACGCCGAAGCCCGCACGCCCUUUUUCUUGAGAGAGAGCGCCCUGUGGUGCUCUCCAGAUCGCUGAGGCGGCCAUCUUGCUUUAGGGCAGGGGAAUGGGAGAAACCCAAAAUCUCAGAUGAUCUUGGGAAACUGUAAAGAGCUGGAGCCGUUUUUCAACAUAGCAACAAAUUUAGUGUUUAUGAUAAAGAGACGGGGAUUACAUUAGACAAUGAAGAGAGAUGUCACAAAAUGUAUCUUGGAUACGGAAAAUGGGUAGAAAAGAUGCCUCCACUGCAAAAACUCCCGUUGAUCAGUACAGAAAACAAAUAGGAAAACAAGAUUACAAGAAAACCAGGCCAAUGUUAAAAGCAACAAGAUUAAAAGCAGAAGCCAAGAAAACCGCACCAGGCAUAAAGGAAGUCAGCCUUAUCCUUGCAGCUAUAUUGGUAUUUCUGCUGGCUUGCUAUGCUUUCUUUUAUCUUAACCUAUCCAAAGAAGUUGACCUUGAUCUGGAUCAAGACGAAAACUAGCAGAUGUCAUUUUCCAAGUUCUUUGAAGGAAAUGCAUUAACUUGACCAAUUCAAUCCAAGUUGCUAGGUCUCUCAUCUCUCCUCUUCUCAUUGUCUUUUUUUUAUGGUGGCAGGCUUUUGUUUUGUUUUGUUUUGAUGUUUUAUGGUUUUUACUGUUGAACUGAUUUUAAGAUUUUAAAAUGUGGUUUUUAUGGAGUUUUAUUGUAUUUUAACUUUUGUAAACCUCCUUGGGAUGCCUUAUGAAAGGCAGUAUAAAAACUGAACAAUAAAUAAAUACAAAUCAAAUCACAAACAAA